UUCUAGGUCGGUACUCGAGUCAAAGCCCCAAACUUUUCUCGCGAACCAAACAGACAAAAAUGACGAUUUCCUCUCUCACCUCUUUCUCUAUUGCCCCGAAGCUCUCCUGCUCAAUGAUCCCAACAACAACAACGAAAACAGUUGUCCAUACAUUUCCCACAAGAACUCAUUUCAAUUCAACCCUAAUUUCAAAACCUAACUUCACGUCUCUCUUCCUCACAAAAUCCACUCUUAAACCUCGAUUACGAACCUCCGGCAUUCGAUGCCUCUUCACCGGCAUAGUCGAAGAAAUGGGUGAAAUCAACCACCUGGGCACCACUGUGGACGGCGGAUUCGACCUUCAAAUAAGGGCAAAAACCGUUCUUGAAGGUGUCAAUUUAGGAGAUAGCAUUGCUGUUAAUGGCACUUGCUUAACGGUAACGAAUUUCACUAAUGAAGAGUUCACUGUUGGUUUAUCUCCUGAAACAUUAAGAAAGACGUCUCUUAUUGAGCUAAAGCCUGGAUCUUUGGUGAACUUGGAGAGGGCAGUACAACCGACAAGUCGUAUGGGUGGGCAUUUUGUGCAGGGUCACGUGGAUGGCACGGGAGUGAUAGUGGACAAGGAGCCAGAAGGGGAUUCAUUGUGGGUGAAGGUGAAAGUGGAUAAAGACUUGUUGAGAUAUGUUGUGCCAAAGGGGUUUAUUGCUGUGGAUGGAACUAGUUUGACUGUGGUGGAUGUGUUUGAUGAAGAAGGAUGCUUUAAUUUUAUGCUGGUGUCUUAUACACAGCAGAAGGUAGUGAUUCCUUUGAAGGAAGUUGGACAGAAGGUUAAUUUGGAGGUGGAUAUUUUGGGGAAAUACGUAGAGAGGUUACUUAGCAGUGGGUUUGUUGAAUCCAUCAAGGCUUCAAAAUAAAGGACGACUUAUCAUAGGACAUUGACAUAAACUUCUGUUGUUUUGAAGACCUUCAACUGUGACAAAGAAGAGAGGAGGGACUUUUGUGACUUCAUGAAUAGAGCAAGAAAGAUAAAGAAGACAUUGUUCAAACAAGUGAAAAACAGCAAUUCAAUUUUGGAGGAAUAAUUCAGUGGCAAAGUGCAUGUUAAUGGUUGAAUAUUCAAUUAGUCUUUUACUUUUAUUCUUUGACUCACAUUUCUAAUGGUUCAUAGAGCUUUGAGUAAAUAUUCAAAAAUCAGAAUAUAAUGGUAAAAAAGAGCAUUUGUUUGAUUUUA